GGUCUUAGGGGCCGUGGGCGUGGCCGAGGCCGCGGGGCUCGUGGAGGUAAAGCCGAAGACAAGGAGUGGAUCCCUGUCACCAAGCUGAGCCGCCUGGUUAAGGACAUGAAGAUAAAGUCCUUGGAGGAGAUCUACCUGUUCUCCCUGCCCAUUAAGGAAUCUGAUAUUAUCGACGUUUUCCUGGGUGCAUCCCUAAAGGAUGAGGUACUAAAAAUCAUGCCAGUGCAGCUGACACGGGCUGGCCAGCGGACCAGGUUCAAGGCUUUUGUCGCUAUUGGAGACUACAAUGGUCACGUUGGUCUUGGUGUUAAGUGUUCCAAGCUGGCUAUCCGAGGAGCCAUCAUCUUGGCCAAGCUUUCCAUCGUCCCUGUGCGAAGAGGUUAUUGGGGCAACAAGAUUGGCAAACCCCACACUGUUCCGGGCAAGGUGACAGGCCACUGUGGCUCUGUUUUGGUGCAUCUCAUCCCUGCCCCCAGAGGCACUGGCAUUGUCUCUGCUCCUGUGCCCAAGAAACUACUGAUGAUGGCCGGUAUUGAUGACUGCUACACAUCAGCCAGGGGCUGCACUGCCACCCUCGGCAACUUUGCCAAGGCCACCUUUGAUGCCAUCUCCAAGACUUAUAGCUACCUGACCCCUGACUUCUGGAAAGAGACUGUGUUCACCAAGUCCCCUUAUCAGAAAUUCAAUGAUCAUCUUGUGAAAACCCACACCAGAGUCUCCGUUCAGAGGACCCAGGCUCCAGCUGUGGCUACCACAUAAGGGUUUUUAUACAAGAAAAAUAAAGUGAAUUAAAUCUGAAAAAA